UCAAGAACUUUCUUUGCCUACAGAUGAACUGACCACACUGUCAAUUAACAUUUGGAUUAGGGCUUUCAGAGAUCACAAUUAUUUCGUCUUACUGUUGUAUCAGCUCAUCCAUAAUCAACCCCAAAGGGCAUAACAUAGAAAGCUGCAGAUUGUUUUUCCCAUGGCGAGCAUUUGGGUCUCUCAACUGGGAACCAUCUGCAGCUCCAAGACUUUGCUCUUGUUGUUUUCCGUCCUGCUGCUCCAGGGGCUCUGUGGACAGAGCAGCCCGAUCUCCAACACCCAUCAGAGGCAUCGCCCCGCUCCGGGGCUGGGAGACGGGCACGGAGGGGUGGUGGAUCCGUCACUGCUGGAGCAGGACAAAAACAUAAGCAUGCAGAGCCUGCUGCAGAGCCUGAAGGAACAGUUUCUGCGGACUUUCAACCUGUCUGGCCUGGGACCUCAGGCCCUGCCUCCUGUAGGCACACGGGAAGAGCCUCCUGAGUACAUGAUGGAGCUCUACAACCGUUUCGCUAAUGACCGCACUGCCAUGCCCACCGCCAACAUCAUCCGCAGCUUCAAAAAUGAAGAUUCAUCCCCCAGUGUUGUGGGUGUUGGAGGAGUGAGGCGUCACCCACUCCUUUUCAAUGUGUCAAUCCCCCAUAAUGAACGCAUCACAGCGUCUGAGCUUCGCCUCUACACUCUUGUCCAGACUGACCGUCACUUAUAUGGUGGUGUCGACCGCAAGGUCACUAUCUAUGCGCUGGAAUUGCAUGUGGUGGAUGACAACAUGACGGAUGAGAACACUGUGAGAGGCGAUGGAUUCAGAGGUGAAGAAGAGAAAAUAGAGCUGGUGGAGUUGGCUUCACGGCAGGUCUACGGCACCGAUAACGGCUGGGAGGCCUUUGAUCUCACUGCUGCUGUUCAACGCUGGCGCAAUUCUGACUACAGCCCCACGCACCGGUUGGAAGUGUGCAUUGCCAGCAUGGCUAAUGAAGAUAAUGUUCAAGGUAUGACAGAGGACAACAACGACAGACCUGAAGAGGGCAUGAAGAUCGACACCAGCCCGGAGGAAAAACACAAACCUCUGCUGAUUGUUUUCUCUGAUGACCAAAGCAGUGAUCAUCGGGAUGACAAGCGCGAGCUGAAAGAGAUGAUUGACCACGAAACCUCCAACAUGGUUCUCCAGAACGACUUGGGGAUGGGCCUGAAUGGGCUUUGGGGGGAGUUGGGGAGGGAUGAUGAAGAAGCAGAGCCAGAUGAAGAGGACCUCAUCCAAAUGCGCUCCAAUCUGAUCUACGACACAGCGUCCCGCAUUCGUCGCAAUGCCAAGGGAAACCACUGCAAGAAACAAUCUCUGUAUGUAGAGUUCAAGGACAUUGGAUGGGACAGUUGGAUCCUGGCACCCACCGGUUACGAUGCCUUUGAGUGCACAGGCGUUUGUUCUUUCCCACUGACGAAGCACGUCACACCCACAAAGCAUGCCAUAGUCCAGACACUGAUCAACAUCAACAGUCCUCAGAAGGCGGCACGAGCUUGUUGCGUGCCCACCAAGCUGGACCCCAUCUCCCUGCUGUACCUGGAUGACACAGGCGUGGUCACCUACAAGUACAAGUUUGAAGGCAUGGUGGUAGCUGAGUGUGGCUGCAGAUAGUCCAUGCUUUCAAAGAGUUUAACUCGUCGUAAAGUCUUACAAAAAGAGGAAAGACAGUACUAUCUGAAAAAGGCGGUUAGCCAUCUGUUGGAAAGGGUCCUCAGUGAGACUGGAAGUGCACAUUCACUAUUCAUGAAACUAUGUGCGCUUUGAAAUGAAUGAUUGUGGACAAUAUGUGUUUUAAACAGCUGAACAAAAACAAGAACUUCAUCUUAAGGCAUAAAUAUCAGUUGCCAAUGGAAAGAUCUACAGUUAACAUGUUGCCAAAUGUCAUAGAAAGAAAAGGCCCAAGAUUUCCCAUAGGACCGAACCAAGCACCUCCUACAGUGUGUGCGGCCUGGUGGGAACCAGCGGGCCAGUGGUCCCCCUCCCUCUCCUUCCCCCUGACAUCUGUCUUCCUCUCCACUUAUCUCUUGCCUCCCCACUCGAUGCAAACACUAAUCAGCACUUCAUGUGUCCUGGCGCAGUGAAAUGACCCCCCCUGAGGCAACCUGACAAGACAUGAACUCUCCAGUCCGACCUCCUGCCUCCUGCAGCCUCCUGAUACGUAGACGCUGUGCAAGGACUCCUAGUGGCAGGGUUAUCUAUCCCGAUCCUGUUUCCCACUUCACAUGCUUCUUUUCCACUCCCCCGGGCUAUAGCGAUAGCAAGGUGUGGGGGGUUGAGAAACAUGUAUGCCAUCACUCAGGCUUGGAGAACUGGACGCAUUCUGGGCAACUUUUGAGGUGGUGGGAUGGGGGAGUGGGACAGGACGAGGGGGCAGGGUUGUCCAAAUUCCUAGGCAACAACCAAUCUUAACUGCAACUCUCUGACCUAGUACCAUGUGCCCCUAACAUAUCUCCAACUCCUCAGUUGAGCCAUCCAUCACUUUUAUGGUAAAAACGGACUUUUUGGACAGUUAUUAUCUGACAGCCGAGUGGAAGGCGGCACCUUGUCACCUAUAUGGGUACGACCCAGAGGAAGCACAGCCACUGAAAUACACUUUCUUUGUUUAGAAGCCUUUUGAUACCUCUGCUGCUUGUGUCAAA